CCACGUUUUUGGGUUCAUAUUCAUAUCCUAAAAUGAUAUGGCAAAAAAUGGACGGAUGGCAUAGAUAAAACACAUACAUCAGGGUGGGCUCCACAAUCCCUGCUACUGGCAGGUGCAGUACGGAAUCCGGGUCAAAGAUGUGAGGUGAUGAGAAAUGUCCACUGGCAGCAGCAAGGAUUAAAAUCAGUGUAUCGGCGAAUCGUAAGGCCUAUAGCCGCAUCGUUGAAGAUGGAUGAUGAUAUACAUGAAAUAGAAAAAGAAGAGGGAGCGAACACAUCGACCAACGCCUCCCCGAGACCGAGUUGCCUAACCCCAGAUAGUCAAGCACUAGCCGAUUCCAUCAUGGAAUCGGUCAAAGCAUCCGUUUCCAAGCUCAGAAGUGGAGAUCCACCCACCAUCUACAUAGUCCCACAAACAAUCCGGCAGGUAAACGAGGUUGCUUAUGAGCCUAAGAUGGUGUCGAUUGGCCCAUACCAUCACGGCAAGGAGAGGCUACAAGGCAUGGAAGAGAACAAAUUGUUGUAUCUACAUUCGUUCCUCUCCCGCAAUCCCGACCAUCGGUUGGAGGUCUACCUGGAGGCGAUUGAGGAAUUGAAGGAUAAAGCGCGAAGUUGCUACUCCGAGAAAGUGGGCCCACUUAUGGGCAACGAGUUUGUGAAAAUGAUGGUACUCGAUGCUUGUUUCAUUGUCGAGAUCUUUCUCAGGUGCUAUCCGAUCGAGUAUAAACAGAGGUUGCUCAGGCAACAAUCGGAAGAGCUCAAGCAAAACGAGGAGGAUCUCAGUCUUAUUUCUGCAAUGGAGAAGUUCUUUUUCCAUUCAAAUGGCUUCGAAGACCCGAUACGUUAUGCGAUUGGGAUGGUGAACCUUAUACGGUAUGAUAUGCUACUCCUUGAAAAUCAAAUUCCUUUCUUCGUUCUGCAGCAUAUUUUCAAAAUGGCUUGUCCAGCGAACGUAACACAUUUACUUGAGAAGAUGGCCCUUUAUUUCUUCGAUCCAUUCAUGCCUACGAAUAAGGAAAUCGAUAUCAAAGAUAAUUCCUACUAUCAUCUGCUCCAUUUCCAUUCGUGCAUUCCUAAAAUCAAGCUCAAGCCCAACUUUUCGUGCAUUCCUAAAAUCAAAUCCGUCCUCAACAAGUUGAAGAAUCUACUCCAAUGUUCAAAUAAGGCACCGUUGCCAAUUACUAAACGCCGGUGGAUGAUCCCUUGUGCGACUGACCUCCAACUUGCGGGGGUCAAGUUCAAGAUGAAUGAGAAAUCGGAUAACAUCUUGAACGUGAAAUUUAGCCACGGGGUGUUGGAAAUCCCGCCCUUCCUGAUACAUUACCACACCGAUAUUCUCUUUCGGAACCUCGUAGCAUUCGAACAAUGCUGCCUAGAAGCAAAAUUCCACGUUUUCACGACUUACCUUGUGUUCAUGGAUUACCUUGUCAACACGUCCAAGGAUGUGGCGCUGCUCCAUCGGAAUGGGAUCAUAGAUCAUUUUCUGGGAAGCGAUGAUAAUGUGGCCCUUCUAUUCAACCGGAUCUGCAUUGGGAUAUUCCAUAAUUUCAAUGCAAGCUAUCUUUCAGAUGUAAAAGACAAUGUCCAAAAACAUUGCGAGAACAAAUGGAACAUGUGGCGGGCGAGCUUGAAGCGCGAUUAUUUCACCAAUCCAUGGUCUUUCAUUUCCUUGAUGGCGGCUUCCAUCCUCCUCCUGCUCACCAUCACCCAAACGUUCUUCAACGUCUUUCGUUAUUUCCGACCGCGGUCCUAGUUCUUGAUCAUCAUGUUUUAAUGGUUUAGAUUAUUUUGAUUUUUCUCAUUUGUGUUUCUCUACUUGUGUGUGAAAAACAGUACUGCAUAAUAUAAAUCUCUCUUCAUUUUCUUCUAAUUAUGGUAA